AUGGCGAAGUUUAAGAUGAAAGUCAACCGGCACUGGCUGUUUUAUGUUUUGUUUCUUCCUUUAUCAAGUGUUUUAUGUUUCAGCGAGUUGUCUUUCAUCACAGAGCCCAGUGAUGUUACCUUACUACCAAAGGACCCUGCUGUCUUGGACUGUCAGGCUCAUGGGCUGCCUCCAGUCACCAUCAAGUGGCUGAAAAAUGGAGUUCGACUGGCAGAAAGUGAGCACAUACAGUUUCUGCCCAAUGGCUCCUUGUACAUACCAAAGAUAAAGCAUACCAAGGAGGAUUCAGAUGAAGGAUUCUACCAGUGCCUCUCCCAAAACAAAUACGGAGCUAUCCUAAGCCAAAGAUCACGUCUGACUAUCGCAAGUAUCUCAGAGUUUGUGUUGCACCCUGUGCCUAUGGUGGUGACUGAGGGCUCAGUGGCACGAUUUUCCUGUGCUGUCACCUCCAGCCCUCCAGCUACCAUCACCUGGGAGCUCAACCAAAGCACAUUACCACUACAAACAGACAGAAUAACGGUUUUGCCCAACGGAGUCCUUCAGAUCCACAGUGUACAGUUGGAAGACGCCGGACAGUAUCGAUGUGUGGCAACUAACAUCGGUAGCCGUUUGAAGAGUAGAGAGGCUACACUGACAGUCAACAGAGGUGUAAGCCCUAAACCACGUCAGAGGCCCCGAAUCAUUGCUGGACCUCAGAAUGUCACAGUUUCUCUUCACCAAACUGUGGUGCUGGAGUGUGUGGCAACAGGCAAUCCCUGGCCCAUCAUCUCCUGGAGCCGCGCUGACAGUAAACCCAUUGAUGUGUACAACGCCAAAGUGCUGGGCAAUGGGAACUUGGUUAUUACUGAUGUCAAUUCCAAGCACAGUGGAGUCUACCUCUGCAGGGCCACCACCCCUGGAACCCGCAACUACACUAUUGCUGCAGCCAACCUCACAGUUCGAGUGCCACCAUCCAUUGUUGAGAGGCCAGAGAGCCAGACCCGUCCAAGAGCAGGCACUGCCCGGUUUAUGUGCCAAGCAGAGGGAGUGCCACCCCCACGCAUUAGCUGGCUAAAGAAUGGAGAGGAGGUUCACUUAAAUGGGAGGAUUAAGAUGUACAACAGUAAAUUGGUGAUUACACAGAUCAUCCCUGAGGAUGAUGCCAUCUAUCAGUGCAUGGCAGAAAGUGAACAAGGCUCUGUGCUGUCCUUGGCUCGCCUUAUCGUUGUCAUGUCCGAGGACAGGCCCAGUGCACCAAGAAACAUCCAUGCUGAGACCAUCUCAAGCUCUGCUAUUUUACUGGCCUGGGAGAGGCCUCUCUACAAUGCAGACAAAGUUAUUGCGUACUCCAUCCAUUAUAUGAAGGCUGAAGGUCUAAACAACGAAGAAUACCAAGUUGUUAUUGGCAACGACACAACCAGUUACAUCAUCGAUGACCUUGAGCCAGCUCGAAACUACAGCUUUUACAUUGUGGCUUAUAUGCCAAUGGGAGCCAGUCGUAUGUCGGACCAAGUCAGUCAACACACCCUGGAGGAUGUGCCUUUACGUACCCCAGAGCUAAGUCUGACCAGCCAGAGCUCCACAGAUAUUCAGGUGACCUGGCAGCCGUUGCCUGCCAAGGUGAGCCGUGGCCGGUUGUCUGCAUACAGGCUAUCCUAUCGCACAGCUGCAGACAGCUCUGUCACCUCUCUGGAGCUACCUCAGAACAGCACUGAAUACCUGCUGGAGGGCCUGCAGCCUGACACCAUCUACCUGCUCCGCAUGGCUGCAGCCACCCGCGUGGGCUGGUGUGAGCCUUCUGCAUGGACCUCGCACCGUACACCUAAGACCUCCAGCAGCAAAGUGCCUUCAGCCCCUACUCUUCAACUUGAGCCGCUUAACUGCACCUCCAUUGUGGCUCGCUGGCAAACGUCCCCACAAUCUGUGGCUGUCCAGGGUUACCGGCUGUGGUACCAUGAAGAAGGCCAACCAGAGCAGCCCAUCAUCCAACUGCAGGCUCAAACCUGUACCUACACCAUCAGUGGCCUUGAUCCAAGGAGGAAGUAUCAUGUCAAGAUUCUGGCUCUAAGUCAAGCUGGAGAGGGCUACCAGACGGACCAAACUAUUAGUACUCCGGGAUGUGUGUCGGCUAGAGACCAACUGGCAGCAGCCCCUCCGCCUCCAGAUCACGUGACAGUGUUGGCCAACAAUUCCUCUGCAGUGUCUCUGCGCUGGGGCCGACCUGCUUUCCCCUCUGGAAAGGCUGUCAGCUAUACAGUCCGCUGUACACCUGUGGGCACCCACAACGCCUCUGCUAUACGCUACCUACAAACCACCAAACAGAGUGUGAUGAUUCAGAAUUUGGUUCCAAACACUCGCUACGAGUUUGUUGUGCGUCUCCAUGUAGACCAGAUGUCGAGUCCCUGGAGUUCUGUUGUUUACCAUACGACUCUGCCGGCAGCACCUAGCCAGCCACCUGCAGGAGUGCGAGUGACUCUGAUUGAGGAAGACACUGCUCUGGUUUCCUGGAGGGAGCCCACAGAGCCCAAUGUGGUGGUUACACGCUACACUAUCAUGUACGCGUCCCAGAAAGCCUGGAUGGCUGGACGCUGGCAGAUACUGCAGAGGGAGGGAAGCCACACAAUGGCCCUGCUGGAGAAGCUGGAGGCGGGAAAUGUCUACCUGGUGAAAAUCUCUGCCUCCAACCAGGUCGGCGACGGGCCUUUUUCUGACAUCGUGGAGCUGGCACUGAAGCGUGGAAACACCCAACGCAGCAAGAACCCCAGACACUCUGACAGCUUCCUGGAUACAACAGUGCUCUCUGAUGGUCUCUACCACAUAGACCAGAGGUCCAUGACAGGGAUCAUCGUUGGUGUGAGCAUCGCCUUGGCCUGUAUUGUUAUGUGUGCCUUAAUCCUCAUCAGUAAAGGCAGACCAAGAAAAUCCUCCAGUCACAAAGUCAUUGCUGUGGGAGCUGCUGAAGGUCCACAUGGCGGUUUGUCCCUGCCCAUUGAACACCAUAGAGAAAAUGCAGAGGCCCUUAUACCCAUGAUAAGUCACCACUUUAUAGAUACCAAGGGGGGAUCGAAUAUGAUCAUAAAUGGUGCUGGACAAGUCGGCAGCAGGCAAAACAAGAGAUGGCUGCUCUUCAAUAAGGACGUCAGGAAUCGAGCUGAAACUGAUGCUGAACAGAGAGCCAGCUUGUACGAGGCUGGUAAAACAGUUUUGAGGUAUGACGAGCAUUUAGGCUCAGCGCCCCUGCCACCUUCGUCUCGGGAGAUCAUCUACGGACCGUAUCACUCAGAGAGCUCUCACACCAGUGAGGGCAGCCAAGAGACGGGAGACUCAGGACACUACUCCAACGAAGACAGCAACGAAGAGAUGAGCAACCCGUCGACCAGCCAAAGCUCCCGACCUGGAUCUUUUGGGCAGGACGACGGCGCUGCUGUCGCUGAGCUGGAGCAGUCUUUCAAAGUGGAAAAUGAGAAGAUGCCGAACCAGCCCCUCCAUCACUCUGCCCCUGAUGCUACCCGGCUCUGCUGUGCCUCAGAGGGCUCUCGCCCCGCCCUGUACACGUCCCAAGCAGUCGGCUCCUCCUGACACCACCCGGCCUAGAUCUGCUCUCCAGCAGCCGAAGCUACGCCACUUCUUCCUCGUUUGCUUCCUGAGUUGAGUCCCUCGGUUAUUUCCUGAGGCACAAGGGAUCAGGAAGCCAGCUGCUGCGACGGACGAAAUGUGCUUUUGCUUCAGAUCUACCUCAGGAUUUUUGUAUGAAUGUUUGUAUAACAUCUUAUUUCCAUUUUUUUCUACCUGUCUGUGUUUGUGGCAUUGUCUGUCCUAAACCAAAGCUCACCCAUGAUGAAUGUUAAAAAAGAAUGUCAAAAAAUGUACUUUGAUACAUUUCCAUUAUAUUUAAUUACUUUCCACUGGAGCAGAGGCCGCAGUUGGGCCCUUUUGACUUAUUAUCUACCUCCAUGUUCUGUUCUUGUGUAUACAUUACUACCUCCUUUUUUUGCCACAUAUUGUGCAGUAUUAUCUCAGACUCAGGGGCGGAAA